ACUUCGACAUUCAGUCUGAACGGGACCAGGACCGGGACAGAACCGUGAUAACAGGGAGCUUCCUCCUUUCCUUGUCCCGCACUGGUGGCUCCAACUCGGCUCGGCUCAGCUUGGAUUGUCCUCGUGUGCUGCAGAUCUAUGAGCUCGAACUGUUCCGGUACCGACAUGUCGCCGGACAUGAACCGGACCGGAGCGCGCGGGACGGAUCUGUGACCGUCGCGUGCCAGAGCGCGCGCGUCCGAGCGGAUGAAUGAAUGACAGAAGAUGGAGCGAAAAGUACUGAGUCAGGUGAUCUGUGUGUUCGUGCUGCUGAGUGGACGAGUCUCUCCGGCCGAGUUAACCUGUGAAACGUUGAUCCUGCUGUCAACUAACCUGACAGCGAGGACGUUGGCGUUACUAAACCAGACGUUCACCAUCAGUAACUCCUCAGGUGUGUACUGUGACCUGUCUGUGGACGGUAUAGGAACCUGCUGGCCUCGCAGUGCUGCAGGGGAGCUGAUCUCCAGACCUUGUCCUGAGCAGUUCAACGGGAUCCACUACAACACCACCAACCGGGUGUUCAGGGAGUGCCUCUCUAAUGGCAGCUGGGCUCCUCGAGGAAACUACAGUCAGUGCACCGAGAUCAUCAUCCUGAGGAAGAGUAAAGUUCAUUAUCAUGUGGCCGUCAUCAUCAACUAUCUGGGUCACUGCAUCUCUCUGGGAGCUCUGCUGCUUGCCUUCACCCUCUUCAUGAGACUCAGGAGCAUUCGCUGUCUGAGGAACAUCAUCCACUGGAAUCUGAUCUCAGCUUUCAUCCUGAGAAAUGCAACCUGGUUCAUCGUCCAGUUGACAAUGAACCCAGCUGUUACCGAGAGCAACCAGGUGUGGUGCAGGUUGGUGACUGCAGGCUACAAUUAUUUCCAUGUGACCAAUUUCUUCUGGAUGUUCGGUGAAGGCUGCUACCUGCACACCGCCGUCGUUCUCACGUACUCCACCGACAAACUGAGGAAAUGGAUGUUUAUCUGCAUCGGCUGGGGUCGGUACACCUGUCCACCUGUCUGUCCAGCUGUCUGUCCACCUGUGAGCUUACUUGGCCACCUGCCCAUCUUUUUCACAGGUAUCCCGUUCCCUAUCAUCGUGGCGUGGGCUUUUGGGAAGCUGUACUACGACAACGAGAAGUGCUGGUUUGGAAAGAGGGCGGGGGUUUAUACAGACUACAUCUACCAAGGCCCCAUGAUCCUGGUCCUGCUGAUUAACUUCGUCUUCCUGUUUAACAUCGUUCGGAUCCUGAUGACCAAACUGAGGGCGUCAACAACCUCAGAGACCAUCCAGUACAGGAAGGCGGUGAAGGCGACACUGGUGCUGCUGCCUCUGCUAGGAAUCACGUACAUGCUGUUCUUUGUGAAUCCCGGAGGAGAAGACGAGGUCGCUCAGAUCGUCUUCAUCUACUUCAACUCCAUCCUGGAGUCUUUCCAGGGUUUCUUCGUCUCCGUCUUCUACUGCUUCCUCAACAGUGAGGUGCGCUCUGCAGUCCGGAAGCGUUGGAUUCGCUGGCAGGACCGUCACUCCAUCCGGAGCCGGGCGGUGCGCGCCACAUCACUGCCCACCUCUCCGAGCAGAGUGUCCUUUCACAGCAUCAAACAGUCCUCCAACCUCUGACACACCUGCUGAACUCACCAAUCAGAGUCCACGAUGUGACUGCACUCAGCUAAACGGAGCUGGACCAGCUGAUCAAAUCAGCCAAUCACAAUGCGGGACACUGGUUUAUGGAGCUGAUUAGUCAGGAGUCUUUCUGGCCCCGCCUCACUUUACCUUCUGACCAAUCACUGGACUGACAGCUGCUCUCUCGUGGUCACAUGACACAUCAGGCAGCUGGACUGUGUUCAAUAAUCAAUAACUUUAUUUAUUAAUAAUAAGGUAAAUCUGUCUAUACUUAUAGCUAGUGAGUUUAUUUAUUGAUUAAUAAUGAAUGGCAUUUGUCAACACUAUAAUAUUGAUCACCAGCGUUCUCUUAUUGGCCAGAGCUAACACACACGCAUGCUGCCGUUGAUCUAAAAUCCUUCCACAGGAUGAGGUUCCUGAAUGCAACACAAACACACCACCAGGGGGCGCUGCCACCAACUGAACAUGUGAAUUCUUCUAUCUUUUCUUUAGUAUUUUAUUCUGAUUCAUUAAAGCACAAAUCUCACAAGGUACGACAACAAAUCAGAAAGAAAUAUGCAGAAUAUUGCAAAUUCAGAGGAUAAAAUAAUGAUGUUGAUGAUACAUUUUGGAGUUACAAGAAAACACAAGAAACUGGAACCGUAUCCAAGAGUUUCUGUUUCUGUGUGUUUGUGGAACAUUUGCACUUUGACGCUGUAAACAGCAGCUUCAUGUUAACUCUUUAUCAUGAAUUGUAAUUACUGUCCACUGUAAACCUUCAUUAAACCGAACAGGGCCGCCUCAUACACACCAUUAGUACUAGCUGUAACCAUAGCAACCCCAGUGACUAUGACUAUAGUAACCGUAGUAACCAUAGCUUAGUUAGUAGGUCUGAAGGAAACACUCAGGAUGAAACACAAACUGCUUUUUAUUACUGUGCCUGAUGUCUGUCUGUGUGUCUGUGUGUGUGUGUGUGUGUGUGUGUGUGUGUGUGUGUGUGUGUGUGAGAGAGAGAGUGAGAGAGAGAGUGUGUGUGUGUGUCUGUGUGAGUAUUGAUUGAUCAAUUGAUUCAGAGCUCUGAUCAGUGGCAUUAUUAGCUGGUAAAGCUUGAUAUGUGAUUUUGUAAAUGUUGAACAAAGUGAAAUCUCUAAUGUCGUUUCAGAGGAGUGCUUGCUUUGUGAACCUCACACAAGAAUAAAGGAGGGCCGGGUGGAGUUUAAUCUGACACUGUAUAUUUAGAUGUGACCCUUCUGUACCUGCUGAUGUCUGAUAUGUAUGAAAUAAAUUCGUCCUCAGGA